AUAAAAGGGUGGCGUCGGCGCCGAGUUCCAAACCCUAGCCGGCACUGCUUGAAGAGACGCUGCACCUUCUCCGCUGCUUUGAAAUGGCGAAGUCGAAGAACCACACGGCUCACAAUCAGUCUUACAAAGCGCACAAGAACGGGAUCAAGAAGCCUCGGAAGCAUCGUCACACCUCCACCAAAGGGAUGGAUCCAAAGUUUCUGAGGAAUCAGAGGUAUGCAAGGAAGCAUAACAAGAAGGACGGUGUCUCGGGUUCUGAGAUGGAGGAGUAGAUUAUGGAACGAGGAGCCAGUUGGAUUUUACGUGGGGAAUGUUUUUGUUUUCUUUUGCACUGUUUGAAUGUUUCAGAAUGCUAUCAAUUAGAAUAUGUAUGAACAAAAAUGGGCACUGUUAGAUUCGUUUAGCUAUUACGUUGAACAACUUAUGCAAACUUGUUUCCUGUGACUCAGACAAUUAUUCGGUUUUAUCUGUCAUGUUGCAAUUUAGAUUAUUUUC